AUGGAGGAGGUGACGGCUCCGACGAUGGUGGCUCCAACGAUGGUGGAUGGUGGCUUGGAGGACGGCGAUGGUGGUGAGGACACUGGUAGCUCCGGCGAGGGCAGUGGUUCCAAUGAAGAUGGUGGCUUGGAGUUGGAGGACUGCGGUAGUGGUGAUGAAGAUGACGGCGGUAGUGGUGGUUCCGCCGAUAGCGAAACUGUGGUGGUGAUGGUUGUUGUGGUGGUGGUUAAUGGUGAUAGUAGGGAGGAUAAAAUUGUCAUAUUAUAUAUUAUACAUCAACUCUAA